CACCUGGAUGUAUCUGACUGUUGAAUCCCCACUUCAUCAUCCGCGAUGUUGCGCCGCUCGCUGUCUCCGCUGGGCCGCAUCGCUCGCUCCGAGCCUGUGCGCCGCUCCAUCCGCUCCAGCGCCUUGAUUGGUUCGUCUUCGUCAUCCAGCGACCAGCAUUCAUGGGUCACGGCUCUCGCUGCAGGCGCACUGGGCGCGGUCGGUAUAUCACUGUUCAACGACAAUCACUCUGACUGCUGCGGCAUCGUGGGCGUCGUAGGCAAGUCGCAGAAUGCGUCGGACUUCCUGCUUGAGGGACUUACCAUCCUACAGAACCGCGGCUAUGACUCCGCCGGCAUGUCCACGCAGCCCAACACCAAGGAGAGCGAGGCUGCCCCCAUUACGACCACCAAGUUCGCCUCGGUCGUUGGCACGGCCGACUCCAUCCACCUCCUUCGAGAGACCAAAAGCAAACACGACGGCAACACCACAGGCAUCGCACACACGCGUUGGGCCACACACGGCGCCAAGACGGACAUCAACUCGCACCCGCACACGGACAUGCAUGGCCGCGUGUCAUUGGUGCACAAUGGCACAUUCACUAACUACUACGAGGUGAAGCAGGAGCUGCUGGAUGAAGGGGUGGUCUUCUCCUCGCAGACCGAUACAGAGGUGGCAGCGCAGCUUAUUGGCCACUUAAUGGGCGAAGGAGCCGAUCUCCUUACGGCUGUAAGACUCGCAUUGAAGAAGCUGGAAGGCACGUGGGGACUAUGUGUCAUGUCCAGGGACGACCCGGGUAAAAUUGUCAUUGCACGCAAUGGUUCUCCGCUGUGUAUUGGCUACGGAUCGAACGAGAUGUUUGUGGCGUCCGAGACUACAGCGUUCAGUCGCUAUGCGAAGCGGUUCAUCUCGCUGAAGGACGGAGAAGUGGCUGUCAUUAAGAGCGACUCCGCUGAGCUCAAUCCUAAUGAUGAUGGCAAAGAGGAAGGAUUCUUGCAACGCUUCCCGACAAGUAGACUGGCUGUGGCUCCGGAUGUGAAGGUACGUCUGUCGCCGGCGCCGUACCCGCACUGGACGCUGCGUGAGAUUAUGGAGCAGCCCAAGGCUGUGGCUGCGGCACUGGGCUACGGUGGUCGUGUGUCGGACGACCACGUGUAUCUCGGUGGCCUUGAGGCCGAGAAGGACCGUAUGCUGCGCAUUAAACACCUAUUGAUCGCUGCCUGUGGAACGUCGCUAUAUGCGAGUAAAUACGGUGCUAAGCUGAUGCGAACGCUCAAUUCUUUCGACAGUGUGGCUACUGAGGACGCGUCGGAGUGCUCGAGCGACCGGUUCCCCAAGAAAGAUGGCGGUUUGUUGGUGGUGUCGCAAUCUGGCGAAACUAAGGACGUUCACCGUGCGCUGAAGACUGCGGAAGAACUGCAACUUGAAGUGCCUACGUUUUCAGUUGUGAACUCGGUGGGAUCACUCAUUGCCCGCACAACGAAGUGCGGUGUAUACUUGAACGCUGGUCGUGAGAACGCUGUGGCUAGCACUAAAGCCUUCGUGACGCAGGUCACUGUUAUGGGUUUGAUUGCCUCCUGGUUUGCGCAGAACCGUCCCGACGGUAACCGGUCGAAGAUGGCUGAGCUGAUCCAGAGCAUGCAUCGCCUUCCUAUUGCCAUUGGCAUGGCGCUGCGCUCACGUGAACAAUGCGCAAAGAUUGCUGACAAAUUGAUGUCUGCUGAGCACCUCUUUGUGUUGGGCAGAGGUUAUGGUGAACCAAUCGCCUAUGAAGGAGCCCUGAAGAUUAAGGAGAUCACGUAUCUGCACGCUGAAGGCUACCCUGGUGGCGCACUGAAGCACGGACCGUUUGCGCUUAUUGAAGGUGAUAAGAACGGCAAGUUUGGCGCUACGCCGAUCAUCCUCAUCGUGCUGGAUGACGAGCAUGCCAGUUUCAUGAAGACGUCGGCAGAGUCUGUGCGUGCACGUGGUGCUCACACUAUUGUCAUCACCGAUAACCCGGCCAUGUGCGAGAACAUUGCCGAUGAGGUUAUUCCUAUCCCCACGAACGGCCCCAUGACGGCGCUGCUCGCUACAAUCCCUCUGCAACUGAUCGCCUACGAGCUUGCUGUGCGCAAGGGCAUCAACCCGGACGUGCCGCGUAACCUGGCCAAGGCUGUCACUGUGGAUUAAACUCUUUCAUUUGUCAAGGUCAACUUUCCACAGGAUUGUACACGAAACACUCGAACGUACCCAGUGGUGUCAAUGCUACAGUCACUGCUGGAACUAUCUGCAACAAGGAGCGAUCACGAACGCCACAUGCUGUUAAUGUUUCUUCGAGUCCAGUUAACUUCCUCCCGCUCAUAUGGUAGAGAUCAAACUGAUCCACACUCAGGAAGCGCUUCUGACGCUGUAAGAUUGCAGACUUGAAGUGUCGAAGUUUCUUCAUGGAGUAGACACUAGCAGUGAUAAGCAUACCUCCAGGCAUCCGACAACUCACUUUGAUCCGAACGUCCUUCGGCUUGGCUGUAAGCACUGGCUCAGUCGUGGUGGUAUCGCCGUCUUCCUGUAAAUUGCUGUGCUGUUGUACCAGUCUGGAACUUGGUGUCCCAGGAGUGAGGUAUUCACCGAAACUUGACAUUUGAGACGAUCGUCGUGUUGAUGACUUGACGUAGUUAGUGAGUCCGUGCUUUGCUGCCAGGAAGUUCACUCGGUUCUCCCCAUUGGGUCGUUGCCGCAACCAGCUGAAAGGAUCGUCAUCUUCGGGCGUCUCGGUCGGCAUAUCUUCUGUAGCUGGCUCAGUAUUGUUCAUGGCAGGGGCUGCAGUUGCAGGUCGAAGCGUUGGUGUUGACAGAGUCCGAGCAUGAAGCUUCGCACUGUGCAGUCUUCGCUUGGCAGCACUGCGGACGACUUUGUCUUUCUGCUUAGCAUAAUGACGAGACGAGUCCCAGGAGGCUGAUACAGCGCAUGAUGCAGGGGUUAGCGCAGGACGCCAUGUAACCACGCGCUUCUCUUUCGAAGCACCGAAAGGAGCAGGUGAAGGUGUCCCCAGAGUGCUUCGACGAGUGUUUGAGUCCCAUAAUCGCUUGAUGUCGUAGCUCCCGAUAUCGGGUACAGUUUUCCUGUCGGGUUCGAGUUGUCGACUGACUUUGGAGAACGCAGACGCACUGCGAGGGUUUAUUGAGGAGUAGCUGACACUAUCUGAUGUGGCUUUCAUCUCGUCCUGAAGUUUGGGUUGCUGUGGCUCUGGAAUCUGAAUCCGAAGCCCUCGAUGACCCGAUGAGCUCGGGAGCCGAAGACGUGUACGUGGAGACUUGGGCUUUGCAUUGGGGUUUGCAGUUUGAGGUCGUAUAAUUUUGUCACGGGUAUCAUCAUAGGUAGUUUGUCUUGUUGGGGAGCAAGGAGGAGCUGAUGAUAUGCGUGCGAGCUGUCCUCGUGACGUUCUUGAAAGAAAUGCAGCCGUCGGGGUCGCAGUCACAUCUCGAACAGGCCAUUGCUCUGGUACCUCGUAUGUACCUGGGCCAGGAAUGAACUACAGCCAGAACAAGGUAAGUAUCCUGGGUUACAUGGAUCAGUACCGUAGAGCACGUACAUUUUUCGGUUGCUUGGCUUCACCUCGAGCAUUUAAGGAGUCAUCGUCUGCAUAUCCCGGUGGUACACGAAAGCGCUGCUCCAAUGCUGCCACAUUCACAUCAAGAGCUUUCUGUGCCUCAAGACGGAGAACCAGUCGAAACACCUCUCGAGACACAAACGGCACCGUCUUGGUAAAGUCUUGUUGGCGCUGCAGUGAAGAUGAUGAGCUGGAUCUGCGAUUCACAACCAUAAUUUCUGCAAUUGGAUCAGACGACAAGAAUUACCCAUGCUAAAUCGAGCGACACCGUAAAACUCAAAAAUCCAGCAAAACAAGUUCUCAUGGGGAAGAAAUAUUUAUCCACCAGACCUACACAGUCAGGAUACAGUACGGGCUGUCAGUCGUCAUGCGAGCUAACUUACCGUCGCGUUCUUGCAGAACUCUGCCAUAGGAUCGAGUCUAGUCGUCCGCCAGACUAACGGAUGGCCGACGAACAAGUGGCGAAGCCAUGAGAGUCUGCAGUACACGUGCAGCCGACGGUCGCAGGCUGGGGUCGUACUGGAGGCAUUCGUGAGUCAGUCGGCGGAUAAUCUCCGGACACGUGUCGGACACCUUGGGUCUCAGCUUUCCGACAGCCACCUGCUGCACGAUCAUGGACUCCUCGAGACCCAACGUCUGGUACGGAAUUUGGUGCGUGUCCAUCUCGGUAAGCAGCACGCCAAGCGAGUAGAUAUCGGCCAGUUCGCUGUAGUCUUCACCCAGAAUGAUCUCAGGCGCCACCCAGCGAGCCGUGCCCACUCCAGCCGUCAUAGUUCUCGCAACAGUACGCUCGCGACUCUCUCCAAAGUCAGACAACUUGGCUCCCUUCUGCGAGUCCACCAGAAUGUUCCGCGACUUGAUGUCUCGAUGAAUCAGAGCAGGCUGCAAGCUGUGCAAGUAGUAUACUGCUUCACACACCUGCACGCAGUAACUGGCCUUGCCGUUCUCCCACGUCAGCACGGAUGGCGGAUUCUUACGCAGGACCGAGAGCAAGUCACCGGAGUCCAUGUAUUCCAUGACGAUCUGGAUGUCAGUCAGCUCGUCGUCCCAGCAGGCGCCAAUUAGCGUGAGAAUGCAUCGAUGCGACAGCGAUGCCAGCAAAUUCAGCUCCGAGACAAAGUCUUGUACACUAGUUCCCUCGACCGUGAUCAACUUCUUGACAGCAACCAGGUCUUUGCCGUACAACGCCAGCCACACUUCACCGAAAGCGCCCUUGGCGAUUUUGCGAGUAUAAUUGAGCUCGUCGCUCGGAAUCUGCGCCACGUUAGAGCUGAUGAUAGAGCUCCUGGAUCGACGACCAUUUGCACCGACAGGAAGAGUAGACUGUACACUGCUUCGUCGAGGUUGCGCAUCGGACAUCUUUUUGCCGUGAUCGGAGAAACCUGCCAGUAGCGCGUUCGGGAUCGAGCUGCGAGGAGUACGACCGCCAACUGUUGGGGGUCGCUGCUGGGACGAAGCGCGUCCACGACUGCCAGCUCUGUUGCGUGCAGGGGUGUUGUGUGCGGACGGAGGAGUGGCCACUCCCACCAUAUCGGGGGUGUUUGAUAAGAAGAAGCCACGGUUUUUCAUCUUUCGGCGGUAGAAGAAGAACCCUGCAACGCCUAGCACCACCACAACGGCUAGCACGACGACGACAAUGACCAGAGUGCUGGAAGACGAGCCUGAUUCAAGUUGUAGUCGACAAAGAAAACAAUUAGUUAACAGUGUAAUACAAAGUUGGCAAUCGA